AUGGCGACACCACACUCACCAACUGCCGACGAUGUGCGCACAAUGUUUGCCGCAGCCUUGUCCGACAUGUAUCGAAAAGAAGUUCCAUUGUACGGUGAUCUUCUCGUGCUAGUGUCUGAUAUCAAUCGCCAACAUUCGAUUGAACUUGCCCGCGAUUCUCACCAUCGGGUAGAAGUUGAGUGCCAUGGGGCAAUCCGGCUAGGGACAGCCGAGGAGUUGUCUACUAUGCGGCGACUGGUUCCAGUCAUGGGGACGCAACCUAUUGGCUACUACGAUCUCACAGUUGCUGGCCUUCCCGUUCACGCUACCUGCUUCCGCCCACUCACAACGGAAUGUCUCGAACGCAACCCGUUCCGCAUGUCUACUUCACUCGUUCGCCUGAACCUUUUGGGCGAUGAUGAUGUCCUCGCGAAGGCGCAAGAGAUCCUGGCUCGGCGAGAGAUGUUCACCCCUCGAUGUCUUGAGACAAUAAAAGCAUUCCAAUCUAGACCUAUUUUGAGCCAACUUGAAGCCGAGGACUCUGUCCAGGAAGCACUACAGACGAUCAAAUGGCAUCCGACUUCGACCGUCGACCUGGCCACCUAUCAGGCUCUGCACAAAGCGCAUCCACUGUUCGCAGAUGUAGUAUGCUUUCGUGGUCCCCAUGUCAACCAUCUGACACCCCGAGUCCUGGACAUAGAAGCAGCUUACUCAGAGAUGGACCGACGAGGGAUGCAGAUCAAGCAGGACAUUGAAGGCCUCCCGCCCGGAAGAAUCCUAUGUUGCUGCGUCAGACAAGCUUUCUUGCGCUAUAGGAGCGAGUCUCCUUUUCCAACUCUCAGGGGCACGACCGGAAGCAUCGUGCACGCUUCGGAACAUUCGAUCAGUCUCCCGACGAUCUCGAAACUCUUCGCCGAGAAGGGCUGGUACACGAUUCGUAUUAUCCUGCGACAGACACCCCUUCGAUCAGCAAUACCAGGGACAUCAACCACUGUCAGCAGCGUGGCCAUCAGCAGUUCGAGAGAGUCAUCGUUCUCUUGA